GACUCUUCUUUAAAAAAUCCCCGUUGAUGCUCAGCUAUGUGCUUCUCUUCUAGUGCUCCUCUCCCCGGCUGUCCAAAAUCGUGUAUAUCACUGCACCACUGUAGCUGACAUCUGGAAUCUCUACUUCAGAGGUAUAAUUCACUAUCCCGGACUCAUAUAUUUCAACUCAUAUAAUCUACAAAAAGGACAAUCUAGCAUGCAAAAAUAUCAUGAUGAACUGUUGCAAAUUGUCAAUUCUCUUGCCCUUGCUCGUGAACUUAUCUGGGAACAAGAUGUUAUACUCUCUAUCUUGCGUGGUCUCCCGUCUGAAUAUGCUUCUCUUAAACAAAAUAUUCAGACGAACAUUGCUACGGUCACUCUUAACACUAUUUCCGCCUGGCUUUCUUUGAAGAACUCAUCAAUAUUCAGCUUGAACAGAAACUUCAUCUUGGUACAUCCUUUAGUUCUUCAACGGAGGUUCACACAUCGCUUUAUGCCUCCAAUGGAGGCUCUUUUCCGCCACAUGGGCGUGGCCGUGGACGGUCCGACAGUGGCAGAGGAGCAGGCCGCAACAGUGGUGGCAACCGCGUUCGGUUUCAGUCCGGCCAUGUUGGAGGCCAAGGGCGAGGGCUGACCCGUGACGAUCCAGUCAUGUG